CUCCUUGAGCCUUUGCUGGUACUGAAGCGUACUGAAGCUUGAAGGCCUCUGACGGGUUCGAAAGGCAUGGGCGCCAAUCUUUACGACAAGCGCCCGCCGGCGAGAAGCCUGACUGGAAAUAUUGCAAAUAUUUGUCCCUUUCUACUGCUCUUUCUCUCCCUCCAUCUGCACAUAUAAGGCCCCCCUUUAUCUUUCAACCUCGGGCGACGAAUCGUGCAGUGGGCGUGCAUCCAGCCACUGCACUGAACGGUCUCUGGCUUCUAGCCAAGCGUGCGAGAGAACGGAAGGCAUGUCGCAACCGGAUCGCGCGCCCACGCUCGCAGGGCGGGCGCUUCGUCGCGCAUCGAAUCUGCUCGCGCCCAACGGCCAGCCCGUGAUGCGCGAGCUCGUCGACACCCAGUCCCCGGCACCGCGCAAGGUGGGCAGAGGACGCAUCACGGACUCCAUCCGCCGCAAGUACAAGGAGGUUCGCGACCACAAGUACAUGCGGCGCGUGCGCUCCAGCUCGAGCGCGGUGACCCCCGUGGAACCCCCGCAGCCCCCCAAGCGCUCAGCGUCAGCCGACGUGGCGCUCAUCGGCACACCGCAGCACAGCGAUCCCCCCGCCCCCGCGCCCACGUCUGAUGUCGUCGUGCCGCAGAUGCUCAAGGACGGGACGCCGAUGGACAAGGUCACGAACAAGAAGCGCAAGCGCGUCAUCUUCCGCGUCGACGCAGACAUUGGGCAUAUCGUCUGGGAGGGGAGGAUACACCGAUUCAUCCCGAUCGAGAAUAUCAAGGAGAUUCGUACGGGCGCGGAUGCGCGCCUGCACAGGCAGCACUUCCAGCUCUCAGAAGAGUACGAGAACCGGUGGCUCACGAUCAUCUACGUGCUUGCUGGCAACUACAAGACCCUGCAUCUCAUUGCUCCCACGCACGACGCGUUCACAAUGUGGGACCGCACUCUCCGCCAGCUUCACACCAUCCGCGCCGCGCUCAUGACCGGUCUCGAUCACGGCGAGAUGCGUCAGGCCGUUUGGGAACGUCAGUACUGGACGCGUGCCGACGAGCAGCGUGAUCACGUGCUCGUCUUCGAGGAAGUGCAGAAGCUCUGCCGCCAGCUGAAUAUCAACUCGGCGUCGGAGGAUCUUCAGCGUCUAUUCAAGCAAGCAGAUCGCCAGGGGCGCAACUACCUUGACUUCGACGACUUCCGAUUCUUUGUCAAGCUGCUCAAAGCGCGUCCGGAAGUCGAGCGGCUUUACAAGAAAUUAGCCGCCGGUGGCGCGUUCGACUUCGAGACAUUCGCCAAAUUCAUGCGCGAAGAGCAGGAGUCGACGCUCACCGAGGUGGAGCUACGCGCCAUUUACGACAAGCAUACCGCUCAGACGUCUCCGACCACCCCGCCCUCUGACUCUCCCGGUUCCCCACCAUGCCUUACUCUGGACGCGUUCACCAACUUCCUGAUGUCUUCCGAUAAUGCGGCGCUGGACGAUGGUUCAACUCAUGACAUGACCCGGCCUUUGUCUGAAUACUAUAUUUCCUCAUCACAUAAUACUUACCUCGUUGGCCACCAGCUCGUCGGCGUCAGCACGGUCGAGGGCUACAUUCGCGCGCUCCUUAGUGGUUGCCGCAGCGUCGAGGUCGACAUCUACGACGGCCCGACACCGAGCUCGGAGCCUCUGAUUUUCCAUGGGAAGACGCUCGUGAGCAAGGUGCCGCUGCGCUCAGUGUGCGCGGCGAUCGCGAAGUACGGCUUCGUGGCGAGCCCGUACCCGCUCAUCAUCUCGGCGGAGAUGCACUGCAGCGUGCUCGGACAGGUGCAGGUCGCGCGCGUCAUGAUCGAGGAGUUCGGGGACACGCUGGUGCGCGUACCGCUCGAGGACGUGCCCGAGGAUGGUUGGAAGGUAGACCACUUGCCGAGUCCGGAGGAGCUGCGUGGGAAGAUCUUGCUCAAGUCGAAGAACGUGUAUGUGGGCCAGUCUCGCAACCCGGACGCGCCGCCGGACCUCGAGCUGACAUCGACGACCACCUCGGAGUCGGACUUCCUCGAGGCGGCUGGGAUAUCGGAGUAUGCCAGCACGGUGAAAGACUUCUCAAAGGGUAUACUCCAGCGUGUACGCACACGUAGGUCGAACUCGAGUGCCGCACGCACCUCGGCUGCCUCCGCUCCCGCAGCGCUCAACGGCGCCAUCUCUUCGUCCCCACCCUCCAUGCACUGGCGCAACUCCAGCAUGUCGCGCCGACAGUCUGAGAACAGCACCACCACCACUCCCGCAAAGCCCAAGAUGGCGCGCGAGCUGCUUGCGCUGCUGGUGUACACGAUGGGCGUCAAGUGUCGCGGGCUGAACAAGAAGGAGACGUACGAGCCGUCGCACAUGUUCUCGCUCUCUGAAAACCGGGCGAACAAGAUGCUUCUGAAGACGCCGACGGGGAUGCUGGACUUGGCAAAGCAUUGCCGCGAUCAUUUGGUACGGGUGUACCCGCGAGGGACGCGUGUCAGCUCGAGCAACUUCCCGGCGGAGGCGGUCGUGCGGUACUGGUGUGCAGGCGCGCAGGUCGUGGCUAUCAACUGGCAGACCUUUGACUUAACGUACAUGCUCAACCACGCCAUGUUCCAGCGGAAUGGACGGCGAGGAUAUGUCUUGAAGCCCUCACCGCUUCGCGCACCUACCAGGGAUCUGUUUGCCAACACCGCCGGACGCAUAUUCGAUGUCGAGAUCAUCUCUGCGCAACAGCUGCCUCGAGCGAAGGACGCGACCGGGCGCGAGAUCCUCGGCAUCGUCGACCCUUACGUCGAGGUCAGCAUCCACGUCCCCGAGUGGCACCUCCUGCAGCGCGCGCCUGGCAGCGGCAGCGGACGCGACUCUCCCUUCGAGAGCGGCGAGCCCGCGGCCAAGCGUGUCUUCGUGCGCACGGGGACAGUCCGCGCGAACGGUUUCAACCCGGUGUGGGAGCAGCGGCUCCUGAUCCCCUUCUCUGUCGCGGGCGGAGAGGAUAUGUACGAUCUGAUCUUCGUGCGCUUCGAGGUGAAGCAGGAGGCUGGGACUGCCGACGAGGACGAUAUGCCGCUCGCUGUGUAUUGCUCUAGUUUGGGGGCACUUGCGCGGGGUUACCGCCACUUGCCCCUCCACGACGCCCAUCUCUCGCAAUAUCUAUUCUCUACCCUCUUCGUGCGCAUCGGCGUCCGCGAUGCGUAAAUCAUCUUCCCCUCAUCCCUCUGCUCCCCUGGUGGACAACUCUGGAAUCCCCACAAUGAAACGAACGCCUGCGGUUAUUGUACAGAAGUAUUUAUGGUAUAUAUUCACGAUCGUUCGCAGCACCUACGUACUCACCCUCGACAGCAUCUGCAUUCAGUACCAGUCGUUUAAUUCCCCUGUUGAUGUCAAUGAUCCUACCGUAUGCCCUGCCCUGCUUUAGCUUAGGUACGCGCCUCGUAUUUCCGGUCUUUGACGACGAAUGUAAAUGCGUUCUUCGCAUCCUUUGAGUGGCA